GGUAUGACUAUUGGUAUUCACCUGUGUCACCCUGACAUUGUUGAUAGUUGUCAUUCAUCAAGACUAAGUGACCAUCAAAGUUGUUUAUAACUAGUUCCGUGGUAAUUUGGUUUGUUCGCCGCGCGAAGAAAGAUUAAAAGUACAAAAUGAGCGCACAACCAAGUCCAGCAAAUCAACAUGUGGACCGAGACACCAUUUACCAAUGGAUUCUGGAGCUGACGAAUCCUGAAACACGUGAAAACGCUUUACUAGAACUAAGUAAAAAACGUGAAGUUGUUCCGGAUUUAGCCCCCAUGCUAUGGAACAGCUUUGGUACAACUGCAGCACUGCUUCAGGAAAUCAUCAACAUUUAUCCAGCGAUAAAUCCACCAACUCUCAACGCACACCAGUCAAAUCGAGUGUGUAAUGCCCUUGCACUCCUACAAUGUGUAGCAUCACACCAGGAAACCCGUUCGCAAUUCCUCCUCGCGCAUAUUCCGUUAUUCCUCUAUCCAUUUUUGCAUACCGUAUCAAAAACUCGUCCUUUUGAAUAUUUACGUCUUACAAGUCUAGGAGUAAUCGGCGCGCUGGUAAAAACCGACGAACAGGAAGUUAUUACCUUCCUACUGACAACUGAAAUCAUCCCGUUGUGCCUACGAAUCAUGGAAUCGGGUUCCGAGCUGAGUAAAACCGUCGCCACGUUUAUCUUACAAAAAAUCCUUUUAGAUGACAGCGGAUUGAGUUAUAUCUGUCAUACUUACGAUCGUUUCAGCCACGUGGCGAUGAUUCUGGGUAAAAUGGUGCUCUCACUAGCGAAAGAACCAUCCGCACGUCUUUUGAAACACGUGGUGCGGUGUUAUCUGCGACUUUCCGACAAUGGCCGCGCGCGGGAAGCUUUACGCCAAUGUCUACCUGAUCAACUACGCGAUAACACGUUCAAUACAUGUCUGAAGGAAGACAAGAGUACAACACAUUGGCUAUCACAAUUGUUAAAGAAUCUGGAUACGCCUGGUAAUGUUGAUCCGCAGGUUGUAAUUUCCCCGCUUACAUCUCAAUAGUUGUAAACGGGUUAACUUCACUCUCUUAAAAGAUUGCAUCAUGAAACGAAUGAAAUUUUAUUGCGUUGUUUAUUUAUAAAAAUUAAAAGUAACCAAGAAAGAAUUACGUAUUAGAAUGGUAUGUAAAUGAUAAGUCGGUUGUACAUAGAUGAUGCGCAUUCUGUGAUUCAUUUGUGAUUUGUGUGCGCAUCGCACGCAACAGAAUGUCGAAUUUAAAUGUUUUGCUUCCACAAUUCGAAAUCAAGAACAAUUUUAUUGAUUGUGGCGGUAUGAUGCCUGAUAAAAAUUAAGUAUGACAGUGUAUUGAUAAAAUAAUAAGUUAAUUGUGCAUA